AUGGCUACAAAAUCACAGAAAACGGCUACAAGAAGAGAGAAGUUCAUGAAAAAGAUUAAUGAGGGUAACAAAGAAACCCAAGCAGUGAGCUUCUCAAAGCGAAAGCCAACCUUGAAGAAGAAAGUAGAGGAGCUUAAGACCUUGUGUGCUGUCACGAUUUGCAUGGUCUGUUUCGGUCCUGAUGGCACCGUCGAAACAUACCCAGAGAAUGCAGCAGAGGUUAAGAGAGAAAUCGGGUUCUACAGAGGACUUCAUGCCAUGCAGAAACGUGAGUUCAACCUCCUGGGUUAUUUAGAGAAUGUCAAGGGAAAGCUUGGAUUGAAGAGACAGAAGGUGAAAAGGAAGAAGCUCGAAGCAUUGGCCGAGAGUUUUUCAAAUCAAAUCGAGGGGUUAAGUGGGGAUGCUUUCUUGCACUUCGUUGAAACUCUAGAGAAAAAGUUGGUGGGUUUGAGGGGGCAAAUCGGAGAUCUGUUAGGCAUCCGCGGUGAGAAAGGACAAGCAAAUGCUCAUGGCAAUGAUAAUACUGAUCAUGCUUUGGUCCCUUGUGAUCGUGCUGUUCCGGAGCCAAUAGAUGCAAAUAACUGUAUCUUCAUGGUUGAAAACAUGUGUGCAAACCCCAUAGUUGAUGAAGAUUUAGCAGAGUACUUCUGGGAUUCAGAGCUAUUGAAGUUAGCAGGAUUCGAGUGCCAGCCCAUUACUCCUGAGCAGUAA